AUGAUGGACCAACGAGAACUCGACGCGAGGGUAAAGGCGUUGAAUAAAUCGAUUUCCGCAAACGAACCCGCCGCCAACGCCUUGGCUCUAUUGAAGACGUUGAAGGAGGAUGCGGCCCCAACGGAGGAGAUGCUUCGGGCGACUAGAGCUGGUGUCCUCGUAGGCAAGCUCCGAUCCCACCAAAACAAAGAAAUCGCCGCCGCCGCCGCCCAACUGGUUUCGAAAUGGAGAAAGCUCGUCGAGCAAGAAAAGCUAGCCAAAGCCAAGCACGCAAAGCUAGGAUCCCCAGCCUCUCGCGCGUCGCCGGCCCCCUCGGCAGCCACGACGUCAGCGGCGGCGACGGCGGCGGCAGCUUCGAGUGGUGGUGCCCCCAAGAAGUACCAGGGCGAUCCCGAGAAGCGACGGGCGGAGACGGACAAGGUCGACACGAAGAGGACCAAGUCGGAUAUUCGCAACAACUGCAUCAAGCUCAUGUACAACGGUCUCGCGUACCGGUCGACGGAUCACCAGGAUGUUGUGCUGGCCAAGGCCGUCGCCGUCGAGGAUGCGGCGUUCAGGCUGUACGGGGGCGAUGAGAAGAACAAGGAGUAUCCCAAGAAGAUUCGUUCGCUGUUCCAGAAUCUGAAGAAUAAGACGAACGCCGAGCUCGGUCGCAGUGUUAUGGCGGGCGAUAUUUCACCGGACCGCCUCGUGUCGAUGAGUGACGUGGAGCUCCUAUCAUCCGAGCAACGCAAGACGAAUGAGCUGUAUGAGAAGGAGAAUAUGAAGAAGGCUCAGGUGCCCAUGAUGGAGAAGAGCGUUACCUCUGAAUUCAAGUGCUCGAGGUGCGGUCAGAGAAAAGUUUCGUACAACCAGGCACAGACGCGCAGUGCUGACGAGCCGAUGACGACCUUUUGCGAGUGCACUGUCUGCGGUCACAACUGGAAGUUUUCGUAA